UCUGCAUUUGCUCGGUAGCGUCACGUCAAUACCAAGCGGGAAGGAGCGGACUGGUGCUGUUGCUGCUUCAUGUAGCGGUCUAUGUUUUGUGUUCAUUUAGGAUACAGUUUAACCCAGGACCGGCUAAAGACUAAAGAUGCCGAGGGAAAUUAUCACUCUUCAACUGGGACAAUGUGGAAAUCAGAUUGGAUUUGAGUUCUGGAAGCAGCUGUGUGCAGAACACGGCAUCAGUCCAGAGGGGAUCGUUGAAGAGUUUGCAACUGAAGGCACUGACAGGAAGGACGUCUUCUUCUAUCAGGCUGAUGAUGAACACUACAUCCCCCGUGCCGUCCUCUUGGAUCUGGAACCCAGGGUGAUCCACUCCAUCCUUAACUCACCAUAUGCAAACCUGUACAACCCAGAAAACAUUUACCUCUCUGAGCAUGGUGGUGGUGCAGGCAACAACUGGGCUAGUGGAUAUUCACAGGGUAAAAAAAUCCAAGAAGACAUCUUUGAUAUCAUUGACCGGGAAGCAGAUGGAAGUGACAGUCUGGAGGGUUUUGUCCUGUGUCAUUCCAUUGCUGGGGGAACAGGGUCUGGGCUGGGAUCAUAUCUCCUGGAAAAACUAAAUGACAGGUAUCCAAAGAAGUUGGUCCAGACCUACUCCGUCUUCCCAAACCAGGAUGAAAUGAGCGACGUGGUCGUUCAGCCUUACAAUUCGCUGCUCACGUUGAAGCGGCUAACCCAGAACGCAGACUGUGUGGUGGUGCUGGACAACACAGCUCUAAAUCGCAUCGCCACGGACAGACUACACAUCCAGAACCCCUCCUUUUCGCAGAUCAAUCAGCUGGUUUCCACCAUCAUGUCUGCGAGCACGACCACACUGCGGUACCCAGGCUACAUGAACAACGACCUCAUUGGCCUGAUUGCCUCUCUCAUCCCCACACCUCGCCUCCACUUCCUCAUGACUGGGUACACACCACUCACCACUGACCAGUCGGUUGCCAGUGUCAGAAAAACCACAGUGUUGGAUGUGAUGAGGAGACUCCUCCAACCCAAGAAUGUGAUGGUGUCCACAGGGAGAGAAAGGCAGACCAGCCACUGCUACAUCGCAAUCCUCAACAUCAUCCAGGGAGAGGUCGACCCCACGCAGGUUCACAAAAGCCUCCAAAGGAUCAGAGAACGUAAACUUGCCAGUUUUAUUCCUUGGGGUCCUGCGAGCAUCCAGGUGGCACUUUCCAGAAGGUCACCGUACCUGCCCUCUGCCCACAGAGUCAGUGGUCUGAUGAUGGCUAACCACACAAGUAUCUCUAACCUGUUCGAGCGCACUUGCCGGCAGUAUGACAAACUGCGUAAGCGUGAGGCCUUCCUGGAGCAGUUCCGCAAAGAGGACAUAUUCAAGGACAACUAUGACGAGCUGGACAACUCUCGAGAAGUCGUCCAGCAGCUGGUGGACGAGUACAGCGCAGCCACGCGGCCUGAUUACAUCUCCUGGGGCACGCAGGAGCAGUGAACGGACUCAGUCGGCAGGCAACAAAAAAUACUUCACCGGAAUCAUAUUGUAUAUACGACUAAGAAAACAUUUGGCUGUAGAUUCCUCCCAGGAACUUUAUUUAUUAGCUUUUAGGGCUGAAUAAUUAUAUUCAUUGUCAUUAUAUUAAACCAAAAACAUGAAUGCAGAAACUAGAUCUGUGACAGUCAACAGACUGACAGUCCUUUGUAAAGUUAAGGGUCUUUGCUGAGAGAAAUCCCCUCAAAAACUAUGAUUACAUUUUCCCAUUACAUUUUUUACACUUACAUGUUAACAACCUUUUUUGUUUGUUUGCAUUUUAUGUUAAGAAAACUGUUGUGUUCUGUUCAAAAGUUGUAUCAGCACACUAAUGCUAGCACUGAUGAAUUAGCGUUUAAAGAACAACCUUAACUUGGCUGAAGUAGUGUAUUACAAGAUUGUAAAGAUUAAAAAAAAGACAAUAGAACUUUCUGUAUGAUAUUACGUGACCUGACAUUUUACAACAUUUGCGCUGGUAACACUUGUCCAAACCACAAUUUAAUUCCGCACUAGCUUGUCCGCAAACCAAAAAUAAAUGAAAGUAACCAUUGUUGGCCCCUGUUUUUCAUUAACAGUAAAAAUAUUAAUAAGGUUGGCUGUAUAAAAGUCCUACUGUGUUAUUAUUAAAUAAUACUGUGGUUCAGGCAGCAUGUCAAAUACAGAAAAAUAAUAGUGCGCCGUUAAGUUUAUUUUAAUACUUUUCUUGGCUCACUGGCAGUUAUUCUGAAAACUGUCAAAAUAGACUUCAAUCAUGUCAAACUGUGUGUAAAACCUUUUGAAAUUCACGAAUAAACAUUGUUUUGUA